AUUGACCGUCUCUUCCGGGAAGAUCUGGAUGAAUAUGAGGACGCGUUUACCGACAAUACAGGUCUAGAUGAACAGGACCCAGACUCUUUGGUACCAUACUCCACUCCUCAUUCUGAGCUCGAUUUAACAAAAGAAAAUCUCCCACAGCCAGCCAGCUCGGCUACGUCGACGAGUGAGAGUUGGAGGGAAACAUAUACUCUCAGCCCCAAAGAGGAAGAUCAUACCGUCGUACCAGACAUUCCUGAUAAGCAUGCGGAAACUGAAAGACAAACGAGUGAAACCAAUCUACUCGUUGACACAGACCAAGAACAUGACAUCUUCGAGUCAAAAGGUAAAGGGGAAAAGACGGCUGAAGAUCUGAUCAUUCCAGAGAGCGAAAACACGUCCACUGAGGCAGUUGUACCACUGACAGUGAGCGAAACAAGUGGAUACUAUGAUAACACGCCAUUUGUUAGAGUUGUCGACGAACCGACUGUGAUGCCAAGAGAAAAGGAUCAGACUACAUCCACCCCUCGCGAAUCAGCUAACUCGGAUCUGGACUCCCAGCGUGCCCAAACUACGAGGCCUCAGACUUUAGACACGGAGGCUGGCUUGGUGAGUGAACGAGAUGCAAUGCCUAUUGGGGUCACUAGCAGCAGCAGUCCCCCCAGUACCACUACAGUAGUAGCAAAUCAUUCGGCUUUCGAGAUCUGGCCAAAAGUGACUGGUCCCGGAGAGCUGGAGCCCUGUCUGCCGGGAGCGUUCGAGUCUUCUGUGACGAGUCCUUGCCGGAUGUACACGCAAGUGCCGAUUGAUCCUGAGUUGCUGCGUAGAAUGGACCAACAAGCUGAGGAGACAGCUCGUCGACAGCGCGAAGAGGUAGCUAUCACAAGUCCUGUACAACCGCACGAACCACCGCGGUCUGUCCUUCGUUCGGUCACGCACUGGCUGCACGGCAACCAGACUACAAGUCGCCAUGUGGCUUGCAGUCAGCUUCUGGAUCAUGGAAAAGGGCCAGAUGAGGUUUCUUCGUGGUACUUCGAUCGGGACAGCGGAAUAUGCCGUUGGUUCGGGUAUCGCGGUUACGGAGGCAAUUCGAACCGGUUUUACAGCCGUCUGGCCUGUGAAACACUAUGCAUUUUGGACAAUGAAGACAUGUGUCAGUGUCGGAAUCAAUGCUUUACUUUUUGCCGACAAUCAGUCGUCAUGGUUGCCAUUUACCAGGCCAUUGAGUGGGCGAUAUGA